GAAUCUGCAAAAUUUACUCAUUUUGACAGCAAUCAAGGCAGAUCGUUCACGAGUUAUGGAGUACAUCCAGAAGCUGGACAAUUACGAUGCACCGGAUAUUGCGAAUAUUGCUAUUUCCAACCAGCUGCAUGAGGAAGCAUUUGCCAUCUAUAAAAAAUUUGAUGUCAACACAGCGGCUGUUAAUGUUCUGAUUGAUAAUGUUUCGAAUUUGGACCGCGCUUACGAAUUUGCUGAACGGUGCAAUGAGGCUGGUGUUUGGGCUUCACUUGCCAAAGCACAGUUGAAGGAAGGUCUAGUGAAAGAAGCGGUGGAUUCGUUUAUCAAAGCUGAUGAUCCAACUGCAUAUAUGGAAGUUGUCAGCAAAUGCUCCGAAACUGGAAGUUGGGAGGAUUUGGUUCGUUAUUUGCAAAUGGCACGGAAGAAAUCCCGAGAGUCGUACAUCGAAACAGAGCUUGUAUAUGCUUACGCGAAAACCGGUCGUCUCACCGACCUGGAAGAAUUCAUUGCUGGACCGAAUCAUGCACAGAUUCAGCAGAUUGGCGACCGUUGCUUCGAAAAUGGAAUGUUUGAAGCGGCCAAAAUCCUUUAUAAUAACAUAUCAAAUUUCGCCAAACUCUCUGUGACGCUUGUGCGGCUUAAUGAAUUCCAAGGCGCUGUUGAUGCGGCUCGUAAAGCGAACUCAACGAAAACGUGGAAGCAGGUGUGUUUCGCUUGUGUCGACAAUGAAGAGUUCCGUUUGGCGCAGAUGUGUGGUCUUCAUAUUGUGGUACAUGCUGACGAGCUCGAAGAAUUAAUCAAUUACUAUCAGGAACGAGGAUACUUUGAAGAACUGAUUGGAUUAUUGGAAGCAGCUUUGGGCUUGGAAAGAGCCCAUAUGGGAAUGUUCACGGAGCUGGCGAUUCUCUACAGUAAAUACAAACCGGAGAAGAUGCGCGAGCAUCUUGAACUGUUUUGGAGUCGAGUGAACAUUCCCAAGGUGCUGCGUGCGGCGGAGCAAGCGCAUUUGUGGUCAGAGCUUGUCUUUCUCUAUGACAAGUACGAGGAAUACGAUAAUGCUGCUCAGACAAUGAUGCAGCAUCCGGCUGAAGCCUGGCGCGAACAGCACUUCAAGGAAGUCAUUACUAAGGUUGCGAAUAUCGAGCUAUACUAUAAAGCAAUGCAGUUCUAUUUGGAUUAUAAACCAAUGCUAUUGAACGAUCUGCUUAUCGUGCUCACACCGCGUCUUGACCAUUCGCGAACUGUCGCCUACUUCGCCAAAUGUUUGUUUCCUGUUCCAUGCUGUCUUUUAUGUCUCUCAUCCUCCUUUGCAAAAAUCCGUGAAUUAUUUUUUUUCGAUUAAAA